UAUUCUGAAAUUUUCGCUCAUUAUUUUUAUUAAAAUACGUAUAAUUAGACAUAAAGAAAGCUAUAACUUGAACAUAAUUUUAUCCAAGCACCAACGGUAGAGUGCCCAAUGCAAGCAUGUGUGAUACCAUGUCAGAAACACCAAAAUUGAAAUAUGUGUGGAAAAGCAUUGUUGAAUCUAGCAGUGAGGUCAAGGAAACAGAUUUCUGGAUUGCCCUCAAGGUGUGGACAGAGCAACCACACACUGUGAACAGAAGAUUAAUGGCUGUUAAACCUCUUAACACAUAUGUGAUAGAUGUUCAACCUCUUUGUCAUACCUACCAGCAAUGUUUUGCUCAUGAUGAUGCAGACAAGAUUAUUGAUUUGAUAAAUUGCACAAAGCAGACAAUGGAUAUUGCAUCUGAGAUACACAUCUUCCAGGAAAAAUGGAAACUUGUGCCAUGUGAGCAAUUAUUCUGGAACAGUGGUAAUGCAGUGUAUUUACAAGUUCGACAACUACUUCCUAAGCAACCAGAAAAAUUCCCAGAAGCACAGGAGAUAGCAGUAAUUGAUGAAACCAAUAGGCAAGUCAUCUUUCACCCUGUUCUAAAAAUUGGUGCAGCACAUAAGGUUGUUCCCAAUUUCACCUACAGGAUAACCCACACAGAGCAAGAAAGAAUAAGUAUGGAUGUCCUUCUUGAGGAUAUCAACAGAGACGUUGAAGAUAACCCUGCUGUAUCCUGGCUACAGGUUAAUGUUCUUCCAAAACUUGUAAAAUGGGCAACCAAUAAACAGAACUCGUCCUCCAAUCCUGUGAUUCCUUCUCUAAGUUUAGUUCCUGUAGAAGCAUACAAUCAGGUGUACCAACAACUGAAAACCAGAUAUGAAAAACUAAUUAAGAUAUGGCCUGAGUCAACGGAUCCACUAAAAUUUAUCUAUGAAGAUAUAGCUAUUGCCUCUUAUCUCAUGGUUCUGUGGGAACAAGAACGUAUAGAACUUGGUCUGCAGAAGAAACAGUCUUUUGUAGAUCUGGGUUGUGGUAAUGGACUGCUGGUGUAUAUUCUAACUCAAGAAGGGUAUCCAGGAUUAGGAGUUGACUUACGAAAUAGGGGUAUAUGGGAUAUUUAUGGACCAGAAACUCAGCUGAAGGAAAUGACCAUCACACCUUCUGACAAGUACCUGUUUCCUGAGUAUGACUGGUUGAUAGGAAACCAUUCGGAUGAGCUCACACCCUGGAUCCCAGUGAUAGCUGCAAGAUCGUCCUUCAACAUGAGAGCCUUCCUUAUUCCCUGUUGUGCAUUCACUUUUGAUGGGAAGUACCAAAAGUCACAUAGUGGAACUAGUCAGUAUCAGUCGUACUUGAAUUUUAUUAAUGAACUUUGCCAAGUUAUGGGAUUUCAUGUAAAGAAAGAUAAACUCAGGAUACCAUCAACAAAACGAAUCUGCCUGAUUUGUUCCUCACGCAACUAUAAAGUGUCAGAAGAAGCAGUUGUUGAUAAAAGACGUUCAGAAUACAUAAAAAAGUAUUCUCGAUUCACUCAUGUAAAAAGCCUAUCUCCUGUUAGAACUACUGGUGAGGAGAAAAACAGUUUUCUGAGUUGUAAGGCAUUUAGUGAGUGUAAUGAAUCUACACUUGAUACUGAAGACAAAAAUUCAGAGGUGUGCUGCAAAUCAACCAGCUUUGUCUGGUCACAAGAUUUCCAGCCAAGAGAGAAAGCUGAGCAAGUAAGGAACUGUACUCAUUUAGAUAAGCAUUUCCUGAAUGAAACUGUGAGUGUAAUAGCUCAAACACUUUUGAACUGUGGAGAAGACUGUCUUUCUUAUAUAGGAAGUGAUGGACAAGAGAGAAAGUGGAAACUUGGAGGUAAAAUGGAGCUUUCAGUGUUGGUAAAAAGCUUGAGUAAUAACACCUUAAAACAGUUGAAGAACCAGUGUGGUGGGUUACAGACACUACUUAGAAACAACCAGCACAUAUUUACAGUGAAGAAAGGAACAGCAAGUCUAGCUUCUCCAUUUGACCAAGGAAAAUCUGGCUCCAGUCGAAGUAAUAAGAAGAGAAGAGGAAGGAUCCCUGCGAAGACUCGGCUAUGCUGGUUUUACAGGAAUCAUCCUAAUAGUUGUCCCCUAGAUGAUGUAAAAUGUAAAUUUGUACAUAUAGAUGGAAACAGUUAGAAUACAUUAAAAAUGUGUAAUUAGAAGGUAUAAAUUUUAAUAAUUUCCAACCAUGGUGUGGUACCACAACUUAUUUUUAAACUACUUUCAUGUGGGUAGUGCUGCAAUAUAAGUAGCUUUUAUUAACAAACACAUGGGUAUACUUUCACAACACUUAAACCUUACUGUAUAAAUGUUUGUUGUUAGAGUGAUAGGAUCAAAGGUAAAGUCAGGAGAAAUAAAAGUUUUAACUAUUAUAUGAGGUCUCCUGAACUAUGACUGAUACUAGACAUCCUUCUAAAUCACAACUGAUACCAGACAUCCUUCUGCAUCACAACUGAUACCAGACGUCCUUCUGGAUCACAACUGAUACCAGACGUCCUUCUGGAUCACAACCGAUACCAGACGUCCUUCUGGAUCACAACCGAUACCAGACGUCCUUCUGGAUCACAACCGAUACCAGACGUCCUUCUGGAUCACAACCGAUACCAGACGUCCUUCUGGAUCACAACCGAUACCAGACGUCCUUCUGGAUCACAACUGAUACCAGACGUCCUUCUGGAUCACAACUGAUACCAGACAUCCUUCUGCAUCACAACUGAUACUAGACAUCCUUCUGCAUCACGACUGAUACAGAAUAUACUUUUGAGCUAAAACUGAUAUCAGAUAUCCUCCACAGCUUCAAACAAGCUGUAUUGUAUAGCCAUCUAGAAGUUUUCACUGAUGCUGGUAACUUUUAGGUUGAUGUAUUUCACAAUUAUGAACUAAUAUUGAAUACCCCCCCCCCCCCUUAUAAAUAAUCUCAAGAGUCCCUUCUCAAACGUAUUAUCUGUCACUGUCAGUUUUUGAAAGUUACAACUGGUAAUACUAGCAAUGUUCCCUCUAAUUUUUUCAAUGUUUGUGUGGAAUGAAUUUUUUCAUGUGCAUCAGUGUCAAGGCAAUGUGUGGAUGUGCGCUACCAUUUUUUGGGGUGUGGGAGAUGGGAUAUUUCUAGACCAUCGACCUUAUUGGAUAUUAGUUGAUUAUUUGGGCUUUAGGCCUAUCAACUACCAUUACUGAGGAUGUGCGUAGCACUUGAUUGGUUAUUGUGCAGUUGCAUAGUUUAGAGGGAACACCGAGUACUAGACAAUCUCUACAACUUUAUAUCUUUCCAUGAUUUAAAAUUAGUACAAUUGUAAUUUAUUUACAGACUUUCCCUCUUCUGGUUUUUAAUUUUUGUGUUUUAUGGCUAAUACUAAAAUUGUACUUCCACACAUUUUAUUUGAUACUUUUGACUCGGAAGUUCCCGAUAAUAUUAGAUAAACAACACAAGAUGAAGAUGACAUUUAAAGUUGUUUUGCCAUAAAUUUUAAUUUUCCACGAAUUUCAGAAAGUAAGCUGAUUGUACUUGGUAUAAUAUGGCAUUCUUUCACAAAAUUGAUCUUUUAACGUAAUCUAAUAAAUUCUAUACUCGUAUCUUUACUCAAGUUUUUGCUAAUUUAUAUACAAGCAUUUUUCUUAGAGAUACAGCUGAUACUAAAUAUUCCUUCAAAACAAAUGCAUUAUAAAUAGAAUAGUUAAAACUAAAUUAUAUUACUUCUGAGAAAUUGACUUUUUGAAGGCUUUGGUUACACCAAUUUUUCUAUUAGCCAACCCAAAUGUAACUUAAACUUUUGAACAACUUUUAACAAAUAAUAAUGUGAAAUAGAAGUAAGAACUUUACUAAACCUUGUAUUAUGUGAGAUAACUGGUUUACAUGCAUGAUCUUGUGGCAGUAAGACCUAUAUCACAUCUGUUUUGAAAUUGAUGACAUAGAAGAAUCUGAUACAGACUGAGACAUGAUAGACGCCAGUUGGUCAACGUAGUAGCGGCUCAAAUGUUUUUAUUUUUAAAGGGUUUUUGAUUUUUUACAUAAUAUUAUUUAAAUAUAUUAUUCAGUUUUUCCCUUUCUUGUAAGUGUCAAUAUGUUCUCUUCUAACCAAAGUCUUGCAAACACCAAACAUUUUAACAAUUGACAGUAAUUACCAAGACAGCAGGGAUGACAAGUCAAAUAACUGAAGUUUAGGGCAUUAAAAACUGUCGUGGUUUUAUUCAAAUGAUUAUUAGUGCUUUAGUUAUAAUCAGGGGCAGGUCCAGAAUUUUCGAAAAGGGGGUACAAAUGAAUGGAUACCAAGCAAUCUGAGAGAAGAUGGGACUUUCUCCCUGUGAGAAGCUGAAAAACUUUGAAAUCUGAAAUCACUUAUUAGAUGACAGCGUGAAUAAUGUUAUGUAGAAAAUCCACCAAUAAUUAUAUAGUAUUAUGGUUUAAAGAAAGUUGAGUAGGCUCAACAUUUAAAAUUUCGAAAUAUUCUUUUAUAAAUAGUUUUACAAACAUUAAAGAGUAUUUACAGUUUUACUAAUUCUAUUAGAAAUGUCUCUUUUGGUAGUUUUGCGUUAGGCUUAAGACUUAACUCUAAAUUUGGGGUUCUAUCCUGCUGUGGGUACAGUAUACAAAGCUUGUUGUGUAGUUUUCUAUUUAAAUAUAACAAUCAAAUAUAAAUGUUUUGGAAUUUUUUACAUGCACCACUGAAUAUGCAUAAAAAAGUUUUAACUUUAUAAGAAUAUUAACCCUUUUUUCUGAACU